AUGUCGACGACUUCUAUCAUUGAUUUGACUGAUCAGAUCAGAAAGGAGGCUUUGAAUGAAUCCAAUGGCCCUCAGGGAGGCCAAAGUCAUGCUCGUGUGCUUCAACUUGUUGAUGAGCUCAAGUUGGCCGUGGAAACACCCACAGAAACUAUCCUGCGGCUGAUUUACCAGCCACCGGAAAAUGCUGCCUUGCGCACUGUUGCAGAUCUUGACGUCUUUCCGAUAUUGAUGAGCUCCGAGUCUAAGAAAGGCACUUCAGCUACAGAAAUUGCCAAACUGACUGGGGCCGACCGAGGUCUAAUCAUCCGUCUUAUGAGGGUUAUGGCUUCUCUUGGGCUCUGCACCAGUUCUGAGCCUGAAGUAUACAGGGCAACAGAGAAGACAGCCAGUAUGACCCAGCCAAUUGGGAAGGAUGGAGUUCCUUGCAUCUAUGACUUGACCCUACCUACGCUCUCUAAGCUCCCCGAAUACCUUCGAAGACACAAUUAUAUCAAUCCACAAGAAUAUGCCACCUCCCCAAUGAAAUGGGCUGUUGGCCAAAGCCAGUUCGAAUGGCUUGCCGGAAACAAGAAGCACCAGGACUUGUUCAAUUCCUACAUGUCGAGUCGACGCGAAGGGAAGCCCAACUGGUUUAGUGUAUAUCCCAUUCAGAGGCUUGUGGAGGGAGCUUCAGACCAUCCUGAUGCUAUCUUUCUGGUCGAUAUCGGAGGCAACCAAGGCCAUGACCUGGCAAGGCUUCAUGCAGAAUACCCUGCCUAUCCUGGAAGGUUGAUGUUGCAGGACCUGCCCAAUAUCAUCUCCAGUGUUGAUCGACCCGGCAUUGAGAAGUCGGCAUAUAGCUUCCUCGACCCGCAGCCGAUCAAGAAUGCCCGCGCUUACUACUUCCGAGCCAUAUUCCAUGACUGGCCCGACCGGAUUUGCCAUAAGAUACUACUGAAUACUGUCUCCGCCAUGAAUCCACUGUAUUCCCGAAUUAUUAUCGUCGAUUUCGUUCUACCGGACACUGACGUCCCCCGCAUGCAGUCGGCAAUGGACAUUCAGAUGAUGAGCAUCGGCGCCGGCGUCGAGAGAUCUAAGCAGCAGUGGGUUAACCUUUUAGCCAGUGUAGGCUUACAAAUUAACGGAAUAUGGAAUACUGGUCUGGGGAUGGAAUCCAUCAUCGAAGCGGUCCCUGUCGCGGAUCUUUCGUGA